AGUCAAAACAUGUCUCCGACCUUCAUGUCACCUCAAACACCUGAGAGCUUCUGAAGCUCCGCGUUUACAGACCCGAUCGUGGGAAUGUUACUGUUUAUUUGUGGGCGUGGCUUCACACACCUGUGCGCGUUGCCCUGUAGAGACUGAAGCACUUCUAACCUGUUAGUCUACAUCACAUAAUCUAGUCUACAUCAUCAUCUGUCUUGAAACCCGUGAAUAUGGAGAAUGGAUCUGAAGAACUAUCCCGUCAGCAUCUGGAGUAUCUGGAAAUUUCCCUGGACACGGUAUCCACCACCGGGGAGGACGAGCAGGCCAGCGCGCACGCCGCACGCACAGAGCUGAAAUCUUUGGAGAAGCCGCCGUACUCGUAUGUGGCUCUCAUCGCCAUGGCCAUCCGAGAAAGCACGGAGAAGAAACUGACGCUGAACGGGAUCUACCAGUUCAUCAUCUCCAAGUUCCCUUACUACGAAAAGAACAAAAAGGGGUGGCAGAACAGCAUCCGUCACAACCUCAGCCUCAACGAAUGUUUCGUUAAAGUGCCCCGGGACAGCGGUGGAGGAGGAGGAGGAGGAGGAGGAGGAAGCAGCGCUGGAGAGAAGAAGGGCAACUUCUGGACGCUUGAUCCUGCUUUCGAUAACAUGUUCGAGAAAGGCAACUACCGGCGCAGGAGGCGCGUCAGGAGACCUUACAGAGCGCCUGCUUUAUCCUACAUACCAUCUGUUAACUUCCCCGAGCAGCUGUACUUCCACCAGGAGCCUGUGUACUGGCAGAGCCCGUUAGUCGGAGGCGCAUGGAGCGUCGUACCACAGCCCGGCGCGCACACCACGGUUUCACCCUACAGCUUCCACAGCAGCGGAAACGCGCGUCCUUCAUCUCCCAACAGCUAUGCCAGUUCCCCCGUGAGUUAUUACCACACUGCAAAUGUCCACCCGUCCUACGGACCGUACCAGCACCCAUACCACGCUUUUGCGCCGCACAGCGGGCGCACUUUAUGCGGCGUGUCUGCUCCGGAGAGUCCCGGAGGAAGCGCUAUUCCAAUCGCCAACUACACACCGCAUCAUCCGUACAGCCAGGCCGACCUGCAGUACGAUUAAAAAGAAAUAAGUGUUCGGAUUAAAACUGUUCAGAAAUGUGGAUAUUUACAUGCAGGACAAAGCUGGUAAUGUGGAUCCAUACUUUUCUAAAAGUGCUCUCAGUUCUCGCACCGCUUUGUUUUUACAUUGCAUACACACCAAAUCUUAGUGAUUUGUUAAUUGUUCGAUUUGUAACAUGUUUACCACAAAGUCUAAACCGUACACCGAAAAAGUCCGUUUCAGAAAGAGAUGGAUUUUUUAAAAUACUGAUUGUGAAAAUCUUCUAGAAGUUCAGAGGUUACAAGCUGUUGUUGUUUGUAUAGGCGCCUUUCACCAUAACAUGUUAAGAUUGCGUCUAUUUUGCUCUAUUUUUCUAUUGUUAUUUAUUUCAUUUGAGUUAUAAUUUUAUCCAUGCGUGUUUUUGGUUCAGUUUUUUUUAUAUGACCUUUGUAAGAAAUUUGGUUAGAAAUGAGGUUUUUAAUAAACUAAACCGUGGUGUA